AUGGAAACUACUGGGGACCAGGAGGAGCUGGCCCGGCUUCGCGCCGUCUUCGCUGCUUGCGACGCGAACCGCUCGGGCCGCUUGGAGCGCGAGGAGUUCAGCGCGCUGUGCGCGGAGCUGCGCGUGCGGCCGGCGGAGGCCGAGGCAGUGUUCCAGCGGCUGGACGCAGAUCGCGACGGCGCCAUCACUUUCCAGGAGUUCGCGCGCGGCUUCCGCGGAGCCCGGCGCGGGGGACGGAGGGGCGAGGGGCGGCGGGCGCCCGGCCUGGGGGGCAGCGAGGACGGCGCGGACCCCGAGGAGGAUGCAGACAGCGUGGACGCAGAGCUGCCUCUGGCCGCCUUGUGGGGGGUGGCCAGCUCCGGACGGGCUUGGCAGGACUUCCAGGCGCGACUCGGGGAGGAAGCCAAGUUCAUCCCCAGACAAGAGCAAGUUAGUACUCUGUAUCAAAACAUCAACCUCGUGGAGCCAAGACUAAUUCAGCCCUAUGAACAUGUUAUAAAGAACUUUAUCCGAGAGAUCAAACUGCAGAGCGCUGAGAUGGAAAACCUGGCCAUUGCAGUGAAAAGAGCCCAGGACAAGGCAGCCAUACAGUUGAGCGAACUGGAAGAGGAAAUGGAUCAGCGGAUUCAGGCUGCAGAGCACAAGACACGAAAAGAUGAAAAGCGCAAAGCUGAAGAAGCCCUGAGUGACCUCCGACGUCAGUAUGAAACAGAAGUAGGAGAUCUGCAGGUGACGAUCAAAAAGCUCAAAAAGCUAGAAGAACAAUCAAAACACAUAAGUCAAAGAGAGCAUGUGGCAGCAUUGAAAAAACAAAUUUAUGAUUUAUCAAUGGAAAAUGAGAAAGUGAAGAAAGAUCUUUUAGAAGCACAGACGAGCAUAGCCUUUCUUCAGAGUGAAUUAGAUGCUUUGAAAAGUGAUUAUGCUGAUCAAAGCCUGAAUUCUGAAAGGGAUAUGGAGAUAAUUCGAGAGUACACAGAAGAUCGGAAUAAUCUUGAGAGGCAAAUUGAAAUACUCCAAACAGCUAACCGGAAACUCCAUGACAGCAAUGAUGGGCUGAGAAGUGCUCUGGAAAGCAGCUACAGCAAAUUCAACAGAUCUUUGCGCAUAAAUAACAUCUCUCCAGGGAAUACAAUUUCUAGAAGCAGUCCCAAAUUUAAUGGUCAUUCUCCUCAAACUCUACGCUAUGACAGGUCAUCCCGCUCUUCCGUCAUGGAUGAGGACUGUGACUCUCUGGCCCUCUGCGACCCCAUGCAGAGGAUGAAUUGUGAAGUGGACAGCCUGCCUGAGAGCUGCUUCGACAGUGGCUUGUCCACCCUGAGAGAUCCCAACGAGUAUGACUCCGAAGUGGAAUACAGGCACCAGAGGGGCUUCCAGAGGUCCCAGUGUGUGCAGGAGAGCUUUGGGGGCGAUGCUUCAGAUACAGACGUUCCUGAGAUAAGGGAUGAGGAAAUGUAUGGUUCAGUCUUGGACUGGAAGCCUGCAGAGUCUGUGAGUGAAGGCAACUUUGUGAGUUCCAGAAAGCCAAUUUCAGCACUGUCCGCACAGACAGAUGUGGCAGAUGACAGCCAGAAAGCUAGCUCGCAGAAGACCUACAAGAUUGUGCUCGCAGGGGACGCUGCCGUGGGGAAGUCCAGUUUCCUCAUGCGACUGUGUAAGAAUGAGUUUCAAGGAAAUACCAGUGCCACCCUGGGAGUUGAUUUUCAAAUGAAAACUCUUAUUGUAGACGGAGAGCAGACUGUUCUGCAGCUCUGGGACACUGCUGGCCAGGAGAGAUUCAGAAGUAUUGCAAAGUCUUACUUCAGAAGGGCAGAUGGUGUUUUGCUGCUGUACGAUGUCACUUGUGAGAAGAGCUUUCUCAAUGUGCGAGAAUGGGUAGAUAUGAUUGAGGAUGCAACUCAGGAGAGUAUUCCUAUCAUGUUGGUAGGAAACAAGGCUGAUCUUCGUGAUGAUGUUACUGCUGAGGGCCAAAAAUGUGUCGCAGGAUACUUUGGAGAAAAGCUGGCCAUGACUUAUGGAGCAUUAUUCUGUGAAACAAGUGCCAAAGAUGGUUCGAAUAUAGUAGAAGCUGUUCUGCAUCUUGCUCGGGAAGUGAAAAAAAGAGGUGACGAGGAUGACAGCAAAUCAAUUACCAACUUGACUGGACCCCAUUCCAAAAAGUCAGCACAGAUGAAGAAUUGUUGUAAUGGUUGA